UUUGCUUUUCUGCCGGCACAGGAAGGGGCUGGAAGUAGCUGGGGAAGAAGGAGGACGAAGAGGGAUCGCAUGGGGCGCUGUAAUCGGAAAUCGACCUUUUCUUUAACUUUAUUAUUUGGCCAGGGAAAGUCCCCUUCCCCUGGGGCGCCCAGUUGCUGAUCGGUGCCUGCAGAGGGAGAGAAACCUUUCAGGUCUCCGCCCACUCCUGCGCGCCCGACCUACUCCCUGGACUCAGCCCCCCAAGGGAGCCCCGGAGGUUUCCAGCUAUUAACUCCGGAACAGCCGAACACUCUAGCCUGCCAGGUAUCAGUCUGCCAUCUUCUGCCCCAACCCGGUGCAUUUUGCUGAAAGAAGUAAUGGCUACAGCAGAACCAACUCAGGAGCUGGCCACACCUGAGGAGGAAGACGAAGAAGGGGAGAAAACAGCGCGCCUGUCUCACCCUGACCAAGCAUCCCCCACGAAUGAUACUGCAGUGGGGGAAGAAGAGGACUGUGCAGCAUUCCCAGAGAGUGAGAACGAGGAAGAGUACCCAGAGACUGUGAGGUCUCGCAUGGCCUUGUCAGGAGCCUGCAAAAGAAAGGGGUCCUCAGAUGCUAAGAAAUGGGGAUUCCAUGAGAAGCGAGAUGAAAGCUUCCUCAGAGAGAACUGGGCUUGCCCUCCUCCCUAUAUGGAGGUUCUUGGGGGCACUCAGGACUGUGCGACCCACCAGGGGCUCAGCAACCAUCACAAGGAGCGUGGGAAGAUCCUUAAGUCCUGGCCCCGCAACCUCAUUACCCGCCAGAGACUUCAUGGGAGAAUGAAGCUCCAUUGCUGUGCCGACUGUGGGAGAGGCUUUGGCCUCCUCUCAAACCUCAUCCGCCACCAGAGGACCCACGUUGGGGGGAAGCCCUACAAAUGUCCCGACUGCGGGAAAGAAUUUGGCCACCGCUCGGCCCUCAUCACUCACCGGCGCAUCCACACCGGGGAGAAACCGUACGUGUGCAACGAAUGCGGGAAAAGCUUCAACGUGGUGUCAAACCUUCUGCGCCACCAGAGGAGCCACACGGGAGAGAAGCCGUACCAGUGCCCGGACUGCGGGCGCUGCUGCAGCCAGAGGUCUCACCUGGUCACUCACCUGCGCCUCCACACCGGGGAGAGGCCUUACCGGUGCCUGGAGUGUGGGAAAAGCUUCAACGUCAGCUCCGACCUCAUCAAACACCGGAGAAUCCACACGGGCGAGAAGCCUUACGAGUGCCGCUACUGCGGGAAGCGCUUCAGCGGCAGCUCGAACCUCAUCACGCACCAGAGGCUCCACACGGGCGAGAAGCCCUACGUCUGCCCAGAGUGUGGCAAAAGCUUCCCCAUCAGCUCCAAGCUCAUCGCUCACCAGAGAAUCCACACCGUGGAGAAACCCUACGACUGCGCCGACUGGGGUCAAAGUUUCCCCGAAAGGCCCUGCCUGGCCAGGCGCCAGCAGAGCCCGUACCGCCGAGAGAAACGCUUCAAGUGUGGCGACUGUGGGAAGAGUUUCACUACCAGCUCCUACCUGAUCACUCACCAGCGCACCCACACGGGGGAGACCCCUUACAUCUGCGGGGACUGUGGGAAAAGCUUCGCCGUCCUCUCCAACCUUGCCAGACACCAGAGAAUCCACACGGGAGAGAAGCCCUACCAGUGCCCGGACUGUGGGAGGAGCUACAGCCAACGGGCCCACUUGACAACGCACCUCAGAGUCCACACGGGAGAGAAGCCUUACGUCUGCGCCGACUGUGGGAAGAGCUUCAACGUCAACUCGUCCCUCACAAAACACCGGAGAACCCACACGGGCGAAAAGCCCUACAUGUGCCCUGACUGUGGGAAAACUUUCAGCCAGAGCUCCAACGUCAUCACGCAUCGAAAGCUCCACCAUGGAGAGAGCCUUCUCGGUGGCCCCAAUAGGAUCCUUCAGGUCAAAUAGAACUUCCCAUCUCUGGUGGUCUGGCUGCCUUUGAGGAACUUGACAGUCUUUUCUCACUUUGCCCUGGCUUUGGAACACGUCCUGCGGAAAUGCAUGAAGCCUUCCCAGGUGUGCCCAGUCGCUUGUUCCUCACCGAGUUUGAGAUACCAUUAAGCGCUCAGAUGGAGUAAAUAUACACCUGCAAACUCGCAUGUCAUCACUGAUCAGAACCUUCAACUGAACAGAAUCUUUCUAUGUGAGAUCUACCCAGUGGCAGAGCUUCAUGCUCCA